AUGGGCGGGGAGGCAGCAGCGGGCGCCAUACGCGAGCGGCGCUUCCGCCGGCCCCUCGGGGACCCGCCCCGGGGGAGGUGCCGGCGGGGGCGGGGCCAGGGGCGGGGCAGAGGCGGCACCGACUGCGGGGGCGAGCUCACGGCCGGGCCCGCCGCGCGGCGCCAGCCUGUCCCCGCCUGCCGGUCCUCGCCACCGUGCCUGGGUCCCCCUCUGCUCACGCGCGUUCCCGCUCCCUCCUCCACCAGCGAGCUCCCCGGCCCCCUCCCCGCCCCGGCUCUCCGAGCCCGCCCGGCUCCCGUGGCUCCUCCCGGCCCCCGGCCGCUCCCGCCGCUUACCCUUUGCUCGGUUCCGCGGGGGGCGGGCCGCAGCCGGCCGCAUCACGUGACGCGCGGUGCUCCCGGAACGGCCGCCCCGGGCCGCCCUGAGGGGCCGCGGCUGCCGGCCCCGCGCCGCGGGUGCGGCCCGGCCGGGGCGCCUGACGGGCUCGCCUGGUGCCGCGCACAGAGCCAGAUGGGCCCUGCACGGAAUAAGCCACAGGAAUGCAUUGGCCUGAUGGAUCAACCCAGGGGCAGCUGGUCCUCAGAGUGGGCACUCAGAGCUGCUUGGUUUCUUCAGCCAAUACUAAAGCUGCAGGACAGCAGCCAUUGGAGAAGCACCAUUGGGCACAGCAAUUGGCCUGACACAGGAUCUGACUUAGGACAUCAUAACUGAGCUCACUCACACUACAGAGCUAUUACGCCAUCAUGAGAACCAGUCUAAAUUGUGUCAUUUUGAAGCCAGCCAGCCAAGUUUGAGGAUGUUUCUCUGGCAUCCCAGAGACUGCAGCAUCUCAAAUACAGUAUUUGAAUACAAUAUCAUGUCACCUAUUACGUAUAUAUUGGCUAAUAUUUAAGCUAUUGAGAAGAGCAACUUGUUCCCAUUGGUCUUCCUGUAUGAGCUUCUGAAUUACUCACCAUCAUCCGGAAAGUGGUAAAAUUAUGUUUAUGACUACUACAUAAAAUUCAAACAAGACCUUUAUUUACAUUAGGUUUUCAAGCAGUGGGUGUUGCAACAUACAUAACAAAAUUUCAUACUACAUUUUUUAUAGGUAAUCAGGUUGAAAAACUGAUCUACAGAAUCAAUUUAUCAAAACUGGCUAAACAGAAAAUGUGUUAACUCUGCUUGAGAGUACUCUGUCAAUUUUAUAUCAUUUUCUAUCGUUCAGAGUAUUUCUGAUGUCCUGGUUAUAAAAACAGAAUGCUCAUGCAGGUUAAUUUACCAUGAACUCUCUAGUAAAUUUUAUGUUCUUCACUUGUUCAGAAGAGCAUAUCAAUACUCUUCCCACCGUGUCUCACAAAGCAAUUACGAGUCCAAAUAGGGAGAAAACUCAAUCAGGAGAUUUAAAAAAAAAAAAAAAAAAUUAGCAAGACAAGGAGUCAGAACUUUCAUUCUGUGGCUAACUGAAUUAGAAUCUCUCAUUCUGUAGAAAACAAGUUGUACUGUAAAGAUUAAGCAAGUUCUUUUAUUUCAUACUAACAUUAUGCAGCAACCAAUAUGAGUGUCUAGGUAAACAGAGACUUUGUGAAAUGUUUUGCUGCAAAGCUGACCAGUAAUGCACACAAAUGAUAAAUUCAUCAACUCUGCUUAUUGCCAGAAAUGAAAAAAAAAGGCUUCAAGAGCAAAUAACACUGAUUCAUACUGUACUGUGCUCAAGCACUAGUCAACAAAAUCUAUUAAAUUACAUGGGUGGAAAAAAAAAUCAGAGCAGCUUUGUUAUCUUACUUGUGACACCUUAUUUAAAUUUCAGGCAUUACUUCUUUUUAUCAGCAUAAAUAUGUAGCCUUCUACAGGUUUUAUGAUGUGGUUACAGGCAUAAAAAUGUUAUAGUAGAAAGCAAAAGCUAGUUCAAGGAAUUCCAGACUUUGAAAUCAGCAAGAUACAAAGCUAAAAUUCAUAUGUUCCUUUUCAAGUUAUGAAUACUUUCACUAAAACAUAAAUAUUUUAACAUAUAUUAUUUUUUCUGACAUUCAAAAUUGUAAAGUCAAUAUGGCAGAAUUAUUGUUAAAAGCACAUAUUUACAAAUAAUCUUAUUUUCAUACAUAAAGUAUUUGGCAUAAUUAUAACAAUCUUACUGCAUACACAACUGUUUGCUUCUUUUUCACAUAAUGAUACACUCCUUAUUAAAAUUUACCAAUUAUGUACAAAAAUACUUGAACAUUUAUUAUAGAAAACUUCUAUAACUACUGUCAACAGCUUGUAACUGCUGAAGGUUUAAUUGAGAGAAUAUAAAAAAGUGGUCACUUUCUUCCAGUUAAACUAUCAACAAAUCAAACACAGCUAAGAUCAACGUGAGCUUCCCAACAAAAGAGGGAGAAUAUUUUUAACAAUAUGAUUUAAAAUGCAGUUCACACAUCUGUUCCCAACACAUUUAAACAGUCAAUAAAAGAAAGAGGAUAAAAAACAUACAUACAGAAGGUGCUUUUUUUUUCUUUUUCUUCCACAUUCCUAUG